UGGUCCAAAAUACGAUCUUAAGUGAGGCCCCGCAUUCGUCAGGUUUGUCUGUUCCAUCGUCUCCCGUCAGCCAUGUCUGUAGCUGAUGAGAGCUUCGAAGUCUCUGAUCUCUCCCCUGGGUCACUGACCCUCUCCUCCACCCUUUCCUUUCUCCCUUUCUCUCUCUGCUGACUUUCUUAAGGCUUCCAAGCUUCACUCUGAAUCCAUGGCACUUUCUCUCUCAUAAUUUCCGUAUCGUCUUCGUUCUCCGCAUAUUAGUGGAUGUGAAUCUCUGAUAUUCUCAACGUCUCUCAUGGCGUAUUCACCGACCUAGCUUCACUGGUGUACAAUAGUCCCCUUUUUCCUUGCCCAUGGAUUCUCGAACAACCUUCUCGGACUCAAACGACAACAGUGGCAGCAGCAGCAUCUGCUUCGUAUCCCAAACCGAGACCCUCUCCUCAGAAACCUCCGGUGACGUACAAGCCCUUAGGCGACUAUCUGAAAACCUAGAAUCAAUAUUCAAAUCUUCGGACUUUGAUUUCUGCAGCGACGCCAAGAUCAUCCUGAAUGGGGACCGUCAAUUGCCCGUCCAUCGCUGUAUUCUUUCUGCUCGAAGCCCUUUCUUUAGGACCCUCUUCAGUUCUAGAGAGGGUGGAGGAAAGAUUGAAAUGAAGGAAUUGACCAAGGAUUUCAAUAUGGGCUAUGAUGCUCUGGAAGCGGUUAUAAGUUACCUGUAUAGUGGCAAGGUUAAGCCAUUACCUAAAGAUGUCUGUGCGUGUGUCGAUGAAGAUUGCUCUCAUGUCGCCUGCAGGCCAGCGAUCGAUUUCAUGGUAGAGGUGCUAUAUGCCUCUUUCACUUUCCAAAUUUCGGAAUUGGUGGCUCUUUAUGAGAGGCACCUACUUGACAUUCUUGACAAGGUGGCAACAGAUGACUUAUUGGUGAUAUUAUCUGUUUCAAAUAUGUGUGAAAAUGCUUGUGAGAGGUUGCUGAAGAAGUGUACUGAGAUUGUAGUCAAGUCUGAUAUCGAUAUCAUAACUCUUGAAAAAACAUUGCCCCACGGUAUUGUUAAACAAAUAAUGGAUUCACGUGAGGAACUUGGCUUACAUGUGUCUGAAACCAACAACUUUCCAGAUAAACAUGUGAAGAGAAUACAUAGGGCUUUGGAUUCUGAUGAUGUUGAAUUGGUGAGAAUGUUGCUAAAAGAGGGGCAUACAACACUAGAUGAUGCAUAUGCGCUACACUAUGCUGUAGCAUAUUGUGAUGCCAAAACUACAACAGAGCUCCUUGAUCUUGGACUUGCUGAUGUUAAUCAUAGCAAUAUAAGGGGAUACACUGUUCUACAUGUUGCUGCAACACGGAAAGAGCCCAAGAUUAUAGUUUCUCUUCUAACAAAAGGAGCCCGACCAUCUGAUCUUACUCCAGAUGGAAGAAAAGCACUUCAGAUCUCCAAGAGGCUCACCAAAAAUGUGGAUUACAAUCGAUCUACUGAAGAAGGAAAAGCUUCUCCUAAGGAUCGGCUGUGCAUAGAGAUAUUAGAGCAAGCAGAGAGAAGGGAUCCGCUACUGGGAGAAGCUUCUGUUUCUCUUGCAAUGGCUGGUGAUGAUCUGCGUAUGAAGUUGUUAUACCUUGAAAAUAGAGUUGGUCUGGCAAAACUUUUGUUCCCCAUGGAAGCAAAAGUUGCAAUGGACAUUGCUCAAGUGGAUGGCACUCUUGAGUUCCCAUUAACUAUCCAUUCCAGGAAUGCACCUGGUGGCCAGAGGACUGUGGACUUGAAUGAAGCACCUUUCAAAAUUGAAGAGGAGCACCUCAAUAGGAUGAGAGCACUCUCAAAAACAGUGGAGCUUGGGAAGCGCUUUUUCCCUCGUUGCUCAGAGGUACUCAAUAAGAUUAUGGAUGCUGAUAGCUUACAAGAGCUUGCACACCUAGGGAAUGAUAUCCCAGAGGAGCGUGUACUGAAGAGGAGAAGGUACAUGGAACUCCAAGAGAUCCUGAGUAAAGCAUUCCAUGAGGACAAAGAGGAAUUUGACAAGUCUGCUGCCAUGUCGUCAUCACUGUCAACAACUUCCUUAGGAGCAGCAAGGUCUAGUAAUAAGCUCACUUGCAAUAAGAAAUACUGAUCUCUGAGUAGACACAUGCUUCAUAUUGUAUGUUGUAUUCAUAUAAUUCUUUUUUUCUAAUUUGCGUUCUCAUUCUGAGUUUUUGUCUGUAACAUAUUUUCAACCAUCUUGGGGUUUAAAGCAGGGAAUUUUGUUGUUAGUUUCCUGUUCUAAUAAGAAUUCAUAUAGCAGGCCUCACCUGUUUCUACUCA